AUGAAUGAUUACGAUGAGUCUGGAGGAAACUAUGAUGAGGAAGAAGAGUACAUUGAGGAGGAGUUAUUAGAGGAAGAAAUAGAAGGAGAUGAGAAUAUAGAAAUAUUGGCAGAAGAUGCAGUACAUAGUAGGUAUGAUGGAAAACCAAACGAAGGCCCACGUAUUACAACUCCUUAUAUGACAAAAUUUGAAAAGGCAAGAAUCAUUGGAACAAGAGCACUACAAAUUAGUAUGAAUGCUCCAGUUGCUAUACCAUUAGAUGGUGAAACAGAUCCUUUAUUAAUAGCAGAGAAAGAGCUUUAUACUAAGAAAAUUCCUUUCGUUAUUAGAAGGUAUCUUCCAAAUGGGAAUUAUGAGGAUUGGAAGAUUGAUGAAUUAAUUCUGGAUUAA